ACCUAAUUUUGAUACCAAUUUUUGUUUUACAAAAGCUUGGAGUAAUAUAUAUCAAGUGUAGGGGAAGGAUUUGAAAGAGCAUAUUCGAAUGGGGAAGGAAAUGGAAGGCGGAAAGAGGAACAAUGUCGAGUUAUUUUUCUUAGCCACUCUCAUACUCUGGCUUACCUCCGUUUCUUUCCAGAUACUUGUCACACACCGCACCCAACUUCUCUACGUCAUCGCCGGUUCCUUCUUCUACCAGACAUCUAACUCUCUCAUCCGUUUCUUCUCCUCCAACAAAUCCUCGCCCACUGACCCUCUCUUUGUUAACACCUCCGUUUCCCUUCUUCAUUCCGUUGUUACCUCAUCUUCAGUGGUCUUCAUCUUGUCCACACAGUGGUUAAAUAAUGGGUUGAGCUCAAUGUUUGAUCACUCGCAGUUGGUUGAAGGUACUUGGCCAUGGGCAUUUGAAGCGUUGUCUUUUUCCUGUGGUUAUUUUGCAUAUGAUCAAUGGGACAUGCUUCAUUAUCGCUUAUAUAGUGGUUGGAUCCCUUCUAUCCUUGUGCAUCAUCUGGUUCUCCUUAUUUGCUUCACUCUUGCUUUGUAUCGAAAUGUCACUAUCAACUACCUUAUUCUCACUCUUAUCUGUGAGCUGCAUUCGAUCUUUCUGCAUGUGAGAAAAGUGAGACGAAUGGCCGGUAUACGAGAUGCAAGGAGCGUCAUUAUUAAGUUUGAAUGGUUUCUCAAUUGGAGUACCUUCAUUGUGGCGAGGUGUGCAUCCCAUAUUCUCAUCACAGCAAAACUCAUUAAAGAUGCUCACAAAUUUGGAAAGGGUGUGGAGUUACCACUGGCUCUGUUUGGCAUGGCAGGGAUGAAUUUUCUGAACAUUGGUCUUGGCAUUGAUCUCUUUAAAGCUUUUAAGAGAGAGAGGAAGUCUCAGCAAGCUAAUCAACACCGACAUCGUGAAUGAUAGAAGAGAAGCUAUGUCGCAUAUAUUAGUCUUUUUGUACUAGUACUAGCAGAGUCUUGCAACAAAAGAAAAAGAUUUGUAAAAAUGGUACAAUAUAACCUUAUGUAGCACUUAGACAAGUCCAUUAUAUAUCUCUGCAAAUUGUUGCUGC